AUGUUCGAUGUUCAUGCAACUACUACAUCAAUUCCUUCAUCCAACUCAGACAAUAAUACAACUGGAAAUAAUACUAAGAGUGGACGACUCUUGAAUAAUAACCAUGUAAAUGUAGCUGUAGCUACUGGAUGUUUUUCAUCAGAUACAUUAGUUACAUUAGUCAAUCAACAACAAAUUCCAAUUGGAAAACUUCAAGUUGGUGAUCAAUUACUUAGUAUUGAUGGAACUAAAAUUGUUUCUACUGAAAUGUUGAUGAUGCUUGAUAAGAAUCAACUCUCAUCAGCAAUAUUCUAUACUAUUGUUACUGCAUCUGAACAUAAAAUAAGUCUAACUAGUCAUCAUUUGAUCGCAACGAUCAACAACAAUGAAGAUGUUAUCUACAUACCAGCCAAAGAUGUCAAACUAGGUAAUAAGCUCCGUGUUGUUAUAAAUGAAAAAGUUUAUUCAUCAUCUGUUAUUAAUAUAACGAUAGAAAUGAAAAAUGGAUACUAUGCUCCAUUGACUAUGACAGGCACAUUGUUAGUAAAUAAUAUUGAUGCUAGUUGUUUUUCAAAUAUCAAAAAUCAUAAUAUUGUACAAUUUUAUAUGGGUUUUAUCCGUUGGUAUUAUAGAUUAAAUGGAUUAUUAUCUAUUCAGAAGCCAUUCGGUGAACAAACUGUUGAUGGAAUACAUUAUAUAGCAGUGAUCUUAUGUAAAAUUACUCAAUCAAUUUAUCCAUCGAUUUUACAUUUUAGCUAA